AAGCCCUGAAUUGAACAGCUCUAAAAGUUUUAGCUUUGAGAUUUCUGAUGUGCUCUUCUAAUCGACUUUUCGGCAUACCAUACAUGACCGUGGUGUCUGUCUUCUGGAUGUCUGUCUCCGCCUCAUCAUGUCCAGGUAACAGUAUAACCAUCUGGGAUUCAGUAACGGGGCAAGUUCAGUGCCAGGACUGCUUGGUGUGUCCGGCGAGACAAGGUCUCUCUGUGGACUGUGGUGAUAUAAUAUCGCCACAGACACCCAUCGUUUGUAAGCCAUGUGAGCUAGGCAGAACUUAUUCAUCUAAGAGCGAAGCCGGGGCGUGCAAGAGUUGUAUGAAUUGUGGAGAAUAUUUGGCAACCUUAACAAAAGUGCAAGCGUCCACUCCAGUCACAGAGCACUCUAAAAAGGAUUCAGCUUCCACGGACGAUGCUUCUCCACUAUAUGGUAAGAUGAUUGGCGUUGCAAUUGGAGUUCCUUUAGUGAUCUUGGUGCUGGUGGCGCUUAUCCUUAUCGUGAAAAAAAGACGUACAAGGCAAGCAUGUAAAAAGACUGGCGAUAAUGAUGUGGAAAGGCUUGAUGUACAGGGGAGUAUAAGGCCAGUCAAGGACGAAAAGUCUGAUCAACUGCCGCAUCCAGUGCAAGAAAGUGAGAAUCUCACAGUAGCAAAGCCGGAAACGCAACUUCCGGCUGAAACAAAAGUAUAAUCACUCCCUUUUCUCAAGGGAUCAGUUGUUAUUUUUCGCCUGGGGUGGGGUGGAGAAUUUUGGGAGGAUCACGUGGUUUUCAAGGGGGAAGGGAGGGGGGGAGCUCAGUCGUCGCCAACAGAGUACAAAUAGCGGACUACAGAAAAUUGACUGCUAAUCAACUGCCAAUGAGGAUAGGGGAUCACGAGAAUAUCACAGAGCCUCAGGGGCAGAUCAGGUGAACUUAUCGUGAGUCAACUAAAUUCCUCCACCUCCAUGGCCGCUAAAUAAGGACCAGUCCCUAAUGAAUUAUUGUCGUCACCUCCAGCGGUAAUUUUCGAUGAAAAAAGGAAAUUUAGUGUUUCCUUUUCAUUGUUUAGUUACAAGAGCGGUUAUUAUGCUAUGGUGAAAGCACGUUUAGGGUUAUCGCAAACCUAAUAUAAUUAUCUCGAAGAGCUACUUUUACUACUUCUAAUUAGAUUUAAUACAGACAAGCGGAUCCGUAAUCGGCUUUGGGAAAAUUUCUGAAAACUUUAGAAGAGACUUAUUAUCUAUGAUUAUAGUCCUAUAACUUAAUUUUGUCACCUUCGGCGCGAUCCUAUUGUUUCCUGUUCAUCGUUUAGUUUUAAGACUGGUUAUGCUCAUAUGCUGUGAUGAAAGCACUUUAAGAAUCUACUCAUAAUUCAGGCUUUUUUUCCAAGGGUUGGUUUUUCAGUAAAUUUCAUCAUAAAAGGAGAAUACUUCUUAAGAUAAUUAAUUGCUAAUUUUAAGAAGAUUUCCUUUCAAUUAUUUUUCCUGAUUAAAAAUCCUUCCAUGCCACCUUAACGAAACAUCAACCUAACAUAUUGAUUUCUUCUGCUUUUUAUUAUCUUAAAAUAUGUGUUCAGCUGUCAUUUAGUUUCAUUGCUUUAAUGUAAUUGUUUAGAAUUAAGGUUGAGCUAUCAAAUAGAUAUGAAAAAGAGUUUUAUCUCAUUGCAAAAUGCUUCCGUUCAAUAAAGUAUGUUGCCUAUAUGGACUGUCACCAA